AUGGAUCUCAGAAUACUGCGAAGACCUGUCGUCGAUAUUUUAUCCACAAAACCUCAGUGUCUAUUGUCUUUAAACGCCUCUGCCCGCCGACAUGAAUCCACUUACAGACGCACCAAGCAACGUUUAAAUGUCAAACCCGAUCCAAAUUUUGUGCCAACGGAUGGAGCAUUACAAGAUCACAUCGUAUUCAAUCCGCCAUCCUCAUCUCCAUCCGUAUUCCAUACCCCUCUGAAAUUCCUUCCCAAGGAGGACAAGAGAAGGAAGCUUCUAGCCAUCACCCAAGAACGACUUAAUGCUUUUUCACAUCGAUUACCACCUCCAGUCAACCCGAAACAAUUGAAGUAUGAGAGACAUCAUUUGAGUGAAAAGGAUGUGGCAGAGAUCAGAAGAUUAAGGGCUGAGGAACCAGAGAAAUGGACAAGAUUACAAUUGGCUAAGAAGUUCAAUUGCUCGUCGAUAUUUAUUGGUAUGAUUACGGAGGCAUCAGCGGAGAAGAGAGAUUUGGAGAGAGAGAAGUUGGAAGCUGUGAAGACUAGAUGGGGGCCAACGAGAACAGCAGCCCGCGAGAACAGGCAAAGGAGGAUUGAGUUGGCAAAGAGGGAUGAGUGA